CCAGAGCAGUGCGCAGUGUUCAAAGCGCCUGUCGUUGCCAACACACGCGUCGUUUUCGAGUUAGAGAAUUGUAAGUUCUUUUCCGGUCCGCUGUAUCACGUCUAUGCUUACGUCGAGACGCCUUUCGAUGAAAUCCCCAAUCCAGAACCAGGUGUGGUGCAAUCGAGCGAUGGAACGAUGGCUGCGCCAGUCAGUUUCUACGUCCCGCUGUCGAACGAGUACCGCAUUGCGCCAAAGAUCGAUCCGACCACAGUCAC